AAUCAAGUGACAGAGAGCUAGGACCAGAGGACUGGUGCAGAUCACCUCUCGAAGGAAAUCGAUUCAUAGUACUUCAAACAGUUUUACCAAAGAAAAUAACCUGUUUAUUAGAAAUAUUCAGAAAUUGUAUAUUGCAUCCUGGCUGGAUUCAAAGAUCCAUAACCUACCAGUGAGGAUUUGUGAUGAAAGAAAUUUCUACUGAUAUCACAACAGAUUCCCGUGAAAGAAGUGCUGUUUCAAGCGGAAUGGGACCUUUCCAAGAGUACGAGGAACAGAAGGUGCAAGAGAAGGAAAACGCCCGCAGUCGCAUCCCUCGCCUUGUCCUCCGCCCUUACCGCACAAAACAGAAAGGAUCGCCGGUGUCAGAGUCACCAUUUUCAGAAGAGGAGAGCAAAGAUCUGAGUUCUGGGCAUUCUGGAAGAACCAUUAGCAGCAAUAGUUUUUGUUCAGAUGAUACCGGAUGCCCAAGCAGCCAGUCAGUGUCCCCUUCUAAGACACCCUCAGACACAGAAAUCAGCCCAAUAGGGUUUCCUUCUCCUGGUGAAGAAAAGGAAAAUGUAAAGAAAACAAAAUCCGAUGCCAUGGCUGAAUGGAACGCUCCUCCUGAACGCUACAAGAGGGAACAAAGGCCAUGUCCAUUACAAAGAGGCAGUGAAGCUGACUUUAGUUCCUCGAGCAGUACAGGCAGCAUUUCAGCACGGGAAGCUAUGGCUGCGUCAGGAGGCAAGAAGUCCUCUCUUACUCGCAGCCGUGGUCCUCAUGGAAAGACAAACCCCUCAACGCACAAGUCUGCUGUCAGCCCAACUACAGCACGUGACAAGGAACUGUUAUCUACAUUCUACAGAAGUCAGCCACAUACAGCAUCAUCGCACAGCAGCAGCAGUAAUUCUGGAUCUUACAAAGGAAGUGACACCAGCCCCACUAUAAGCUAUAGAAGAACAAGCACGGGUAGAUAUGCUUCCUGUGGUGACCACCAUGGCAUUAAACCACCAGCACCUGAGCAGUACUUGACUCCUCUGCAACAAAAAGAGGUUGCCAUUAGACACCUUAAAACUAAACUGAAGGACUCUGAGACCAGGCUUCAUGAAAAGGAAACUGAGAUUGAAGAACUGAAGUCGCAACUGGGCCGCAUGAGAGACGACUGGAUUGAGGAGGAGUGUCAUAGAGUUGAAGCUCAGUUGGCCCUUAAAGAAGCAAGAAAGGAAAUAAGGCAACUGAGACUUGUGGUUGAAACCAUGAAGAACAGCCUAGUGGAAAAGGACAAAGGGAUUCAGAAAUACUUCAUUGACAUUAACAUUCAAAACAAGAAGCUGGAGUCUCUGUUGCACAGUAUGGAGUUGGCUCAGAGUGGAUCUUUGGCAGACGAGCCGACUCUUGACUACAUUUGUACAUCGCCAGACAAAUCCUUAGCUGGCAGUUCAGCCUCAAAGAUGGAAGAUGGCAUGGCACUGGAGGACCAAGCAGCUGAGGAGAUGGCAGAUAGUGGCUUGCUUGUGAACGAUGAGAUGGCAAACAGGACGGAUUUCUUUGUGAUGUCUUCUACAAUUGAACCAAUCGAUAACUCCCAAAUAAAGUUCAGUGCGGUUCAGUCCAAGAUAGUUAAAAGCACAACUUCUAAGAAGAUGCUUGCCCUGCCUUGUGGUAAUGUCUCCAUGACUGAAGGUAAAACGGUGGUGACUGAAAAAGCCAUUCAGACUGAUGUUGUCCCCUGUACUCCUGAUAUGCAAAAACUUCUCCUGCAUCUGAUGAAAUUGCAAUAUAUUGCCACAUUUCCUUCAGCUGCAGCUAGUUCUUUCCCUGAAAACCCCAAAGCAGUACUAGACUUAACUCCUAGUGAUCCGAAUUCUGCUAUUUUGGUGUCCCCUGAGAAAUCUGAAGAUUCGGGCAUCUGUUCAGAGUCCAUUGAAAACCACAUUAUGAAGGAACUUGAUUUCGAUUCACUGCAUGAGGUAUCGGUUGGUAGUAAUCAGCAGACCAUAGCAGUUGUGGAAAGGCAAUACUGGAGCAGAAGUUUCUUGCUGGAUUUUCUGGCAGUAGCUGUUCCAGUUGUGCCGACAGUGGCAUGGCUAUUUGCAACCCAAAGAGGAGGAACUGAUCCAGUUUAUAACAUUGGUGCACUGCUGCGUGGGUGCUGUGUUUUGGGCUUGCACACUCUUCGUCGUGCACCUUCCACCAUGUAUCGUCCCAACAUUCAAACCCCUAACACCCACUAAAUGCACGAGUCUAAUCAAAAGCACUUCAAUAUUAAAAUGGUUUUAUAUAAUGCAGGAGAUUUCUUUUUUUGGGGGGUACGGUCACUUUGUAAAGUUUUUGCACUGUUUCAUUUAUAUAAAGUAACUGAUAUGGAAAGUUGCAAUACUUAAAACAAAGAAAUUGAGUUAUGUGCAUAAGUUGCCCUCAGUCCAAUUGUGGUGUGUGUUGAUAUCGAAUACUGCAUAAAUGGUUUCAAUGACUAUUUCCCAAGAAAUGUCUGCUUUGUAAUGCAAUGUACGUUUUUUGGGGUGGGGGUGGAAGUGACAGUGAAUCAGAAAGCUGUGUACUUGGAUGUUUACAAAUAUUGUUAUGUUUUAAUUAUAGCUGUUAUUGAUGCAAAUUAACUUAAGAAAUGCUGAUAUCCAUGUGUACAAAUGUCCAUACCCUGCAGCCAAAGCUUAAUGUUGAUUGUUGUUUGCAUUUCUGGUGAUGAGUUUGAUUUCCAUUUUUCUUUGUGCUAGUGUAUUUCAACUGUUUUGUAUUUGUGCAUACUAAUGUCUUGUGUAAAUGCUAAGAUGCUUAAAGUACAAAUGAAACCUGUCAAUGUGCCUGAGCCAUGUGCAAUAUUUUAUUUACAUCAAAUGUAAGAAUAUUUAUUAAAGCAUGCUAAAACAA